UAUAUACGUUACAAAAUCCAACGAGAGCUCUAAUCAGAAGUGUCGUUCGGUGUAUACUUUUGUGGGGUCAAGGCUGUAACUGAAAAAAAAAUCGAAGGGGGGGGGGGGGUUCGGACCCCUGGACCUUUCUGAGAAUUGUUGUAUUUACAUAAAAUGAAAUUUAAAAAUAAUUGAAAAUUGUUCUAUGGCUUGACAAAAAAAUGUAUUUCCAUUACAAAAACUAUAAACAUCCGUGUCGUUGCUAUUGUCAACGGCAUAGUUUUGAAAUAAAUAAUAUUAUAAUACUGUCGGUAUCAAAUCUCACAGUCUUAUUUCAGUCUUCACUUCUGCAACACUGCGAUAUUAAAGUAUUAUAAAACAUACAAUUAUCAAUAAUUAUUCUGUAAUUCUAAAAGCUUUACAACGUAUAUAUUUAUACAAACAUGUCGAACACUAUAUCCGAGAACGAGUCUUCAUCGUCUGCGGUCCAGAUAUCCGAUGAACCUAAUGAAAUGAAUCCGGAAAAUGGUGGUCAGUUAGAAACAGCCUCGACUAGUCAAAAUGUAUCGGGUACGACUAUGAAACGACUUUACGGUUCGUUGCCUAAUUUAACGUUGACGGCUUUAACAACUGCAUGCAUUACACCAAUGAAUCCUCAAAAUAGUCAAAAGAAAGAAGAAAGGAAGAAAAGAAGAAGAAAAGAAAGAAAAGAAAGAAAGAAAGAAGAAAAAAGAAGAAGAAAAAAUGAAGACUCGGCCAGUCAAAACGUAUCCGGCACCACUAUAACACGACCAAACGAAUCAAUGCCUAAUCUAACGGUAGCGGCUUUAACAACUGAUGGUGACACGGCCGCGAUCCUGCAGGAACCGACCGCCGUUACUGUACAGCCGGUUUCCCUUGAACCCAUUGUAUUUGACCCGACACCGAUUAAAUUGGAAAACAACGCCGGUUUACGAAAUCACGAACUUUCAAAUAUUAAUACAUCCGAAAACGAGAUUUUGUCUUCAUCUCCUGCGGUCCCGACAACCGAUGAACCAACAUCAAUGACACCGGAAAAUGGUAACGAGAUCGACACGGCCGCAAUCCUGCAGGAACCGACCGCCGUUAAUGUACAGUCGGUUUCCAUUGAACCCAUUGCAAUUGGCCCGACACCGAUUAAAUUGGAAAACAACGCCGGACUACGAAAUCAAGAACUCCCGACCGCGGAAGUCUCCUCUGAUCAGUCUGCAACAGUAUCAUACCGUGAUGGAUCGGGCGAACCGGACCUAAAGAGCCGAGAUCUCGCCGGUCUUCAGAAAGAAUUGUGGCAUUCAAUGCCGAAUAUAGCACUGCAUUACACAGAUAAGACGUCUUACGACACCAAAAUCGAGUGUACUGCUUCGAUGAAAGUUUCACACGACUCGUCAACUCGUAGCAGUAUGACUGUGACAGAACCAGAGGUAACCCAGGUUAAACUUAAACGACGCUCGUUGUGGAAGCGGGCGAAGAAAUUCGCCCGUCGCGUAUUUUGUUGCGCUGCAUGAUAUGGUCUGCAGUACAUAGUAUAGAAAUUAAUAAACUGUAUAUUUUACAGUGUUCAAACAUGUAAGUUAUCUUAUAAAAUGUUAAAUACCUACUUGUACAGUUGUACUUGAUUUAAAUAAUUUUGUGAAUCAAAUUUUAUUAUGAAACUAUUGAAACUUAUUUACUUAUUCGACUAUGACAAUAUAGUCAUAUAUUA